ACUACAGAAAUCAUGAUGCCAUGUCACUUCAUGUUUACAUACAAAAGAAAAAGUACACUGUCGAUAUCAUCAAUCGCUAUACACAUAUCGAAAUACGCUUUGAUUGCAAGGAAGCUUGUUUACAAAUUCGUAAGUUAGUCACAGAAGCUAUUAAAAAAAGCAGCAAAAAUCUCAAAGUGAACACUGAUUAUAUUUUUGCGUUCAAAUGCUCAAUGGAUGAACAAUGUUACUGCAUUGUCCACAAUAAAUCUUCUGCCAGUUGUACUCAUUGCCGAUUGCAGUGUAAAGUACUAGAAAGUGAUGAUAGCUACAGAUGCUGGUUUAGUGAUGAAUUGGCCAGUCCUACAGGAGCUGAACCAACAUUGAAAGUUCCACCCAUUAAGAAAAAUAGAACCACUCCAUUAAGUGCCAGUGACCUUGUUGACAUACGUGAUUUACUUGAAAAGCAUGGAUAUUCUGGUGUUGAUUACUAUGAUCUUGGUCUUCGUUUGGGUCUACUCCCUCGUACACUUGAUGUUAUUGAGAAUGAAAACAAAGGAAAUGUUCGUACGGGCCUAAGAGAAUGUUUGAAGGCAUGGCUGCAACAAGCUGAUAAUGUAAAAAGUAAAGGUGUUCCAACUUAUGAUAUAUUAAUACAAGCAUUGAGGGAUGAGAAAAAGAAUGCUGUAGCUGAUGGAAUUAAAAAAGAAUUAGAUGAUUAG